AUGGCUCCAUCAGAAGCAUCCAUUCUAAGCAAUUUCCUUCUAUCUCCGGCUUCUUUGCCCACAAUUAUCUCCCUGCGACAAUUCACGGAACUCUUUCCAAAGCGCUUGCGCUCUCAUCCACAUAUUAGAGCGCUUUAUCGGGAGCUUCAGCAACUCCGAGAGCAAGACAUGGAUUUAGUCAAUGGAAACAUUGACCAAGAACUCCAUCAAGGAGAGAGCCAAAAGGCAGAACUUCGCAAAUCCAUCCUAAACACCGGUGUGGAUGGUAUGAGUGCCAAUGAUCAACGCGAGAUUGAUAUGGACGUCCAGUUGUUUGGCCAGACAUCCACCGCUGCGCCCAGCGACUACCAUUCAGUAUCGAGUCUCCUCUCCGCCAUGGAGACAGCUUGUGCUAAUAUUGAGCACGAAAUCUCUGGGGUUGAUAAAGACGCAAACACUCUUAUCUCGGAGCUUAAUCUCAUACUUCUCCAGACAAUUCAGCUUAGCAAGCGCAAUAAAGAGAACUUCGGCGCAUUUUUGAAUGGUUGA